GCUAUUCCCUUCAAUGUCUUGGUGUAGUUCGCUCGUGUGCUCCGCGCUUAAAAAGUUAGGUUAUGUGUCACUUAGACAGUUCGCGCCAAAACUGUGACGUUUGUGUUUUUUGAAAAUUUUUGAUAAAUGCUGGAGCCACGCGUGAUCGUACACAGAGAAAGUUUAUUUUUAUAAUAAUAGCAAAACCAUAUGCGCAAAGUAGCGAGUAAACACCACAUGUCAACACCUUACUUAGAGUCUUAGAGAUUACUGAACUUUUGUAGGUAAAUGAACCUAGGACAAUGGCGCAAUAUGAUAUCAUACCUUGCUAUGAUGAUGAAGACAUGUUCAGUGAGAGAAACGACAAUGUAACAGACCUACAUGCUUACUACAUGUCACAGUUCAAUUUAGAACUAGAGAAUAGUAACAAGAAUAAGAAAGUAGACAAUUUCAAGUAUGGAGUAGAAGAAAGCUUCGACUUUGAAGUUUUAGAUAAUUGGAAUGGUCCCACAAAUAAUGAAGCAGAUUUCGAGAUUAUAGAUGAAGUUAUUGACAGCAAUAUCAAUGAGCAAAAUAUUAAGGAAGUACUCUUAGAUUUAGAUGGUAUUGAUUUUGGAGAAAAAGGUAGCAAAAUGGACACUUAUAAAACACAAGAAAACAAAAUGUAUCCUGUAAAUAACGACUAUAUAGACGAUGAAUCACUUAUUGACGAACUUUGUCGCGAAGAUGGAGAAUCCUGCAGACUAACGCCAGAUUUCAAUGAAGAAUAUUUAAACUCUCCAUCGGAAAAGAAUCAACUACCUUCCAUAGAAACGGUAUUUUCGAAAAGAUAUUGUAAUUAUAAUGCCGAAGAUGUGCAAAUGCCUGAGUAUCAUAAUAUAACUCCGGUCCAACAAAACAUUGGUGCUGUAAAUAACUUAGAACAUUACAGUUAUCCGAAUAACAUUCUUUAUAAUUUAGAAGAAAGGAAAUAUGUUCUACCAGAUACGCCAACCAGUUGUAAUGAGUUUACUUUUGAAAGAAAUGAAAGGAAGAUAUCAGUUUCAGAGUCUGUAGAAAGUGAUGUACAUAGUUCAAGUUAUUAUGACGAAAAUUCUGAAAACUUCGAUGAAGACGAUCUGUUUGUAAAUCUUGACGAUUUUGGUUUGAAUUUUGAGUCGGAGAAUAAUGCGAAUAUUGGAGAUAAUAAGGCUCAAAACCAGAGGAAGGCUGACAAAGAUAAGAGUCAAGGUGAAAGAGUAUGUCUUUGGGAGCAGUGUUAUGAAAGAUAUCCGAAUCAAACGACGUUGGUGGAGCAUAUCGAGAGGGCCCAUGUCAACACAUACAAAGGUGAUGAAUUCAGUUGUUUGUGGCGCGAUUGUGCUCGCGAACGCAGACCGUUCAACGCUCGUUACAAGCUGUUGAUACACAUGCGCGUGCAUUCUGGACAUAAGCCUAACAGGUGUCAUCACCCCGGCUGCGGCAAGGCAUUCUCCAGACUAGAAAACUUGAAGAUCCAUGUGCGCUCUCACACUGGUGAACGUCCUUAUGCCUGUCCUGCUCCUCAUUGCAGGAAGGCUUUCUCCAACUCCUCGGAUCGAGCUAAGCAUCAGAGAACGCAUUUUAAUGCUAGACCAUACGCCUGCGGAGCAAUCGGUUGCGGCAAGAGAUACACAGAUCCUUCUUCUCUUCGGAAGCACGUGAAGACCCACCCCCACAUUACCAACGUGCCUCGGACCUGCAUACCCGCAGCCAGGCCGAUAAGGAAACCUGAUCAGGAACAAACGGUACCAAGCUCUCCAGCUAAGCUGACGACCCUCAGGUGUAUAAGAGAUAAGUUGACUGUACCUAGGUUGCAGAAAUUGUAGAUUGAUGGCCAUUUUUACCGGCUACUGAUAGUCUUUGAUAACCUAUCAGCAACUUAUCUGACAGAUGAACUGUAACUUUUGGUUUCAUAGGUCUCGGAUAGCAAUAUCUGGAAAAAAUAUAA